AUGCUAUCAGACUUUGAGAAGAGGUUCCGGAAGUACACAGACCCAAACAAGGUCCUGAACUCCAUUAACCAGCUAUCAGAAGCUCGUUUGGGGAUCGAGAAACUGAACUCCGAAUUCAGAAGGUUGUGGAAGAUGAUGCCCCCGGACCACUGGACUGAAAAAGGGGCUAUGGCUAUAUAUAUGCGUUUGUUCAACCAAAAUACGUACCAUCUAGUCCUGAUCCACAGUCCUCAGUCCCUAACUAAGAUGAUGGAUGCGGCAUAUGAGACGAUUGCCAUCACUGGUCGUUUCGCAGAACCUUCUAGACUAGAUGCACCUCGUUAUGAUAACGAUGGUGACUACCUCAUGGCAGCUAUCCAAUCUAGAACCAAAAACCCUAGCGCCCGAACCAUUAGAAAUGCCACUAGGGAAGACUGCCGACGCUUGAACCUCUGUUUCUACUGCAAGAAACCUGGUCAUAGACUGAGUGAAUGCAAAAAGAGGUUAGCUAGAAACAAUGCGGUUCUAGCAACAAUGCGAGUUCUCGAUCAAUCUAAGAAAUCCGACGAGGUUUAUAACUCCUCUAAAACGUUAUAUCUGAUAAUUAAUACUAUCCUGAAUCCUGUUGUGGGAACAACAUUAACCACGCAGCUAACUGUCCAAGGUACACAAUUAAAUGUCCUAUUAGACAGUGGUUCCCCAACAUCCUUUAUCCGUAAAGAUGUUGUCCAAAAGCUUAAUCUACCGUAUCAUGAAGUAUCACCGUUUAGCUUUAAAGGGUUCACUUCCAAUGAAAUAAAACACACAUCUCUGGCCGCACAAAUUCCCGUAUCUACAGCAAAUCAAGUUAUUUCCAUCUCGGCAUACAUCAUGAACCACAUGGAACAUGAUCUGUUAAUUGGAAACCCAAUACUGGACAAGUAUCCAAUUCUGAAAGAAGGACCAAGGAUAGCAUCCGUUAAAUCUGCUAAAUUCGUUAAAUAUGAAUCUCCGAAAUCUGUUAAAUCUGCUAAAUUCGUUAAAUCCGAAUCUCUGAAACCCGCUAAAGAAGCGAAGUCUGAAAUGCUGGAAUACACUAAUCCUGAACCAGCAGAAAUCCUGAAACCGGUUGAGUCUAUUAUGGCCCGUCAAUCUGAAAUAGCAGAAGAGGCUCAAGAACAACACCUCAACACAAUAUCCGAACCCAACCUCGAUAAUGCUAUACUAAACAACCCUGGCUUGGUUAGUGAUAUAGAAACAGCCACCAUGAUGGCAUGCAUCAAGAAAGUAUCUCAAUCUGAAGACAUGGACUCUUUUAACAAGUUGCCUAAUGUCUUAAUCCGCAAAUAUUCCGAGAUCGUCAGAAACGAUCUACCACCGAAACCUCCGCUAUCAAAACACACUACUACUCACGAAAUAACCAUCAAAGAGAACGCACGCCUACCACGUCUACAACCCUAUCGUCUAACGCCCAGGCUACAAAUGGAACUCAACACCAUCAUAGAUGACCUCUUAGAAAAGAAGUUCAUUCUACCAUCGAAAUCUCCCUGUAGUUCCCCGAUUGUACUGCUCAAGAAGAAAGAUGACACAUACCGUUUAUGUGUUGACUACCGAGCCCUGAAUAAGGCCACCAUCGCUGACCCGUUUCCGUUACCACGUAUAGAUGAUCUCCUGAGCCGCAUUGGAGAUGCUUCCGUCUUUUCGACGCUAGAUCUUCAUAGUGGCUACCACCAGAUUCCCAUGAAUAAAGACGAUCAAUACAAGACCGCUUUUGUCACACCCUCCGGUAAAUAUGAAUAUACAGUUAUGCCUUUUGGGCUGGUUAACGCCCCUAGUACUUUUGCCCGACACAUGUCUGACCUAUUCCGAGGCUUAACCUUCGUUUGUGUCUAUCUAGAUGAUAUCCUCAUAUUCUCCGACAGCAAAGAAACGCACUGGGAACAUCUAGAUACCGUACUUGGCAGAUUAUUAAAGGAAAAUCUAAUAGUUAAAAAGAAAAAAUGCACAUUCACUUCCGCAGAAGUUGAAUUCCUCGGUUACCAAAUUGGAGCAAAUAAAAUUACCCCCAUAGUAACCAAGUGCCAAGCCAUUGAUAAAUUCCCGACUCCGAAAUCUGUGAAAGAAGCACAACGCUUCUUAGGAAUGAUUAACUACUACCGAAGGUUUAUACCUAACUGUUCCAAGAUAGUCACUCCGAUCCAACAAUACAUCUGCAAAGAAUCCGUCUGGUCAACAACACAAGACGAUGCUUUCCGUUCCUUAAAAUCCGCUCUUACAUCCGAUCCGUUGCUGGCACCAUUUAAACCAAACGGAGAUUACCGACUAACCACUGAUGCCUCGAAAGAAGGUGUUGGUGCCGUACUCAAGAAGUGA